AACAGGAAGAAAAGAAAGAAAGAAAAAAUUAAUUUUGGAUCAUCAGCUUCGAUCUUAAGAAUCAAGUAUGAAACCCUAAUUUGAUUUAUAGCUUCUCGUGUGUGCAAAUAUUUCCGUGGAAAAGCCAGCAAUGGAACCCCAGCGAUUUCUCUAAGGCCAUGGCAGCAGAUUUGAGCACUUCACACUCUGAACCCAGAGAAAAGCUAGAGAUGGAAAUUAAGGAUCCAGUAGCUGCAAGAAAAGUUCAGAAGGCAGACCGUGAAAAACUGAGGAGGGACAAAUUGAAUGAGCAGUUUCUUGAGUUGGGAAACACGCUUGACCCGGAUAGGCCUAAGAAUGAUAAAGCAACCAUACUUGCAGACACGACCCAAAUGCUUAAGGAUUUAACUGCAGAAGUCAACAGACUAAAGGCUGAGAGUUCGUCACUAAAUGAAGAAUCGCGCGAGCUGUCACAGGAGAAGAAUGAGCUGAGAGAAGAAAAGGCUUCUCUAAAAACCGAUAUUGAAAACCUAACUGUUCAGUAUCAGCAGAGACGUAUGGUCAUGUUCCCAUGGACUGGUAUUGAUCCUUCAGGUGUCAUGGCUCCACCUUAUCCAUAUCCAGUACCUCUGCCUGUUGCUAGGGGCCCAAUUGCAAUGCACCACCCCUUAUUGCAACCAUAUCCAUUUUUCGGAAAUCAUAAUUCCGGUGUUAUUGCCAAUCCCUGCUCAACACUCAUGCCAUAUUCAACCACCAGCAGUCCUCCAGUUGAACAGCCAUCAUCCCAAUGUACAUAUGCUUCCCACACUUCUAGCAAAAAGGAUUCAGAAAGCAAAUUGGAGGAUUACCAAAGAGGAAGUAAUAGAGAUAGAUGUGAUGACUCCAACAACGUGGCGACAGAACUUGAACUGAAAAUACCCGGAUCAUCGAAAAAUGAGGAUUUGUCUGCCGGAAAAAAGGAAGGCAAGGGAACACAAAAGGACAGAAGUAUGGUGAGCAGUAGCUCGUUGAGCCAUUACUCUUCGUCUCGAGAUCUUCAUGACAGCUCCUCUAACAGUGUGGAUGAUGUUUCAAAGUCCAAGUGAAUAUUAGCAUCCCAUGCUAACAUGUCUUUAACGUGACACCCCCUUAAUCUUAACACCCUGAUUUCAGCUUAAAACGUGUAUUUUCUGCUUGUUGCCAAGACUCUUGUGGCACAUGCUAUGACUUGAAAACAGAAACUCGUAUUUAUUUCUCCUCAUAGAUUUUACUUGACAGAUGCUUUUAACUUGUCUUAAACCA